GGCACGAGCAAGUUCCACAUGCGGCUGCGAGGCUCUCAUUCAAACUGAGACGUUUCCGGAUUUUGAGUUAUUUCCACAUCGAGUCAGAUAUUCGCAAAUAGCUGUUAACCUAACUGUUAGUCACUUUAUUUUUUUAACGUAAGGCAGCUUUUUUGACGGAGAUCGAUUUUCAUAUUAGUUCGAUUUUUUUUUCAUUAUCCCGCGCGCGCUAUCGUAACUGUCCGUGCGCGCGCUAAUUAGCUUACCGGCUAGCAAGCACAAUUCUUAACGGGACUGACAACUUCAACGUGUGGAUGUACCCCUGCUCAUCUGCAGUGACAUUUGCACAAUGGCAGUCUUUUCAAUCAGUUUAAUAUCUCAGCUCCAAAGCAACAGCAACAUAUCUAGUAUAAUUACAGGAUAGCAAUAAGCCCACACCAUACCUCUGUUUACCUUAAUUGUUUUCUGGUCAGUACCAGCUAAACGCAUUACAAGUUUGCACUGCUAAAUCUAAAAGAAAUCCUGUUUAAAACAGGCGGGCCUAAAGAAGUUAAUUAUUUAUUUUUACCGUUUACCUCUUUGUUUUACUGGCUGCUGUUUAAUAAGUAGCGUUAUAUAAGUAGCUAUUUUGACAAGCAUUCAUUCCCUUUAAGAUUGUGAAGCAAUUCCUCUUUAGUCUACAAUCAUGGUUUCAACAACUGCAACUGCAAUAAUACUGGCCAGCACAGUGGGGCUGGUGACCCAGACUGUCCCGGGUCCUCUGACAGAGUACAUGUGGCUGCUGAUUGUUGGCUUCAUCAUCGCCUUCAUCUUAGCCUUUUCUGUGGGUGCCAAUGAUGUCGCCAACUCAUUUGGCACGGCCGUGGGCUCUGGGGUGGUCACCUUGCGACAGGCAUGCAUUCUGGCAACAAUCUUUGAGACGCUGGGCUCUGUGCUCCUCGGGGCCAAUGUGAGCGAAACCAUCCGCAAAGGUAUCAUCGACCCGGGGAUGUACAAUGGCUCUGCACACGUGUUGAUGGCUGGAUCCAUCAGUGCCAUGUUUGGUUCUGCUGUGUGGCAGCUGGCAGCCUCCUUCCUUAAGCUCCCCAUCUCUGGAACACACUGCAUUGUUGGUGCUACUAUCGGAUUCUCGCUGGUUGCCAGAGGCCAGGAGGGAGUCAGGUGGUUUAAACUUGUCAGUAUCGUGGCUUCCUGGUUCCUGAGUCCCCUUUUGUCUGGAAUAAUGUCAGGCAUUGUUUUCUACUUUGUGCGCAUGUUCAUCUUACAGAAGAAAGACCCUGUACCUAAUGGACUGAAGGCCCUGCCUGUCUUCUACGCCGUGACUAUGGGGAUCAACCUGUUCUCCAUCAUGUACACUGGAGCUCCGAUGCUGGGAUUUAACAAGAUCCCGUGGUGGGGCAGCCUGCUCAUCUCGUUUGGUUUAUCUGUGCUGACUGCCAUUGUGGUCUGGUUUAUUGUCUGCCCUCGCCUCAAGAAGAAGAUUGAACGAGAUACAAAGUCUUCUAGCCCCUCUGAGAGCCCCCUGAUGGAGAAGAGGGAGCUGAGAGAGGCUCACUGUCCAAUCCUGAAACAGACUGCCAAGGAGACAUCUACGCCUACCACCCCAGCUGUCAAUCAGAGCCCCUCUGCUCAGCCCCAGGCUGCCCCUGAGGAGCGCAGGGUGGCGUUUGACAUUGGAGAUUCUGACGAGGUUGACAGUAAUAAGGAACGCAAGGUGGCAUUUGACAUCGGAGAUUCUGAUGACACGGACUACAGCAAUGCAAAUGGUGCCCUUAAACAGGUUCAGUCAAACAGCCAGGCCAACAACCAGCAAGUCAGCAAUGGCUCUACAAAUUCGGCCAACCAGGUUCAGUUCAACAACCACGUUCAGUUCAACAACAGACCAGCGCAGAUCCCAAGUAACGGUUACAGUCAGUACCACACAGUCCACAAGGACUCUGGCCUCUACAAGGACCUACUGCACAAACUCCACCUGGCCAAGGUAGGCGACUGCAUGGGUGAGGGGGGCGACCGACCUAUCCGACGCAACAACAGCUACACCUCCUACACCAUGGCCAUCAUCGGCAUGCACCAAGACUUCAAGCAUAAGGAAGGAGAGCACCGCGCCAACGAGGAUGGCGACAAGGGCACGGGGACAGGGGGUCAGGAGAGGAAGCGCGUGCGUAUGGACAGUUACACCAGCUACUGCAACGCUGUGGCGGAGCACACAACUCCAGAAGGUCUGGGAGAGGGGGAUGUGACCCUAGAAAUGGGGAAGGAGGAUGCAGGUAGCAGCCAAAGCUCUCUGGACGACGAUGGGCUUGAAGCAGACAAGCCAGAGGUGUCGACCCUGUUCCAGUUCCUCCAAAUUCUCACCGCCUGCUUCGGAUCCUUCGCCCAUGGAGGGAACGACGUUAGUAACGCCAUCGGACCACUGGUAGCUCUCUGGAUGGUUUACACAAGCAGCAGUGUGAUCUCAGAUGAACCCAUUCCCAUUUGGCUGCUGCUGUACGGUGGUGUAGGCAUCUGCGCCGGUCUCUGGGUGUGGGGUCGCAGAGUGAUCCAGACUAUGGGCAAGGAUCUCACCCCCAUCACUCCCUCAAGUGGUUUCAGCAUCGAACUGGCCUCAGCCGUGACUGUCGUGGUAGCCUCUAACAUUGGCCUGCCUGUCUCCACCACCCACUGCAAGGUGGGCUCUGUGGUUGCAGUCGGAUGGCUGCGCUCAAGAAAGGCAGUAGACUGGCGUCUUUUCAGAAACAUCUUCAUGGCGUGGUUCGUGACUGUGCCCAUCUCCGGUCUGAUCAGUGCCGCCAUCAUGGCCAUCUUCAUCUACGGCAUCCUUUGAGCGUUCAGCUGGACCCCGAGCCGGGGGAGGAGAAAGAAACCGCUCCAGUGCGUACCAGGAGAGAAGAGGCAAAGUUGGAAGGCCAAAAUAUAUCGCUUACCUCAAGCCAACAACUCUGGAAGAAAAAGGAAAAAAAAUAGAAAUGUUUGAAAGGACUUGUGAUAUGGGCCUGUGGUUCUUGGCUGCAUCAUUUUUGACCUAGAAUUUGCUGUUUGUUCCAUUUGGGCCACAUAACUUCCAGUGGGAAGCUUGCAUUUCUUUGUUCUGACUUGCUUUUUCAUAUCUCAUCAUUCUGUAACGAGUUAAUCGAAAAGCAUCAACUGAUUUUUUUCUAAUACUCAUUCUUCCAUAUUUUUUUUUUUUUUUACUUUGCAAUUAUGUAUAUACGACCAUGUUCUGUUUUUAAUUUUGUUUUACACAUUAGAAAGAAAUGAACAAUCGAAAUGCAGUAUAAGCCUUUUGCAAAUGUAACUCCAGUAUAACACGUGCUGAACGUAACGUAGAUGCAAAAGCAGUAUUUUUAGGUGGAAAAACAAGUUUAUUUGUGUGUAUGUGCAUAUUUUUCCCCCAAGCAAAUGUUAUAUCAAUGAAUUGAUGUUUUGCAUCUGGCUUUCUUGUUACCCCUAAAGUGUGAGAUAUUGCCUCCUCUUGUUAAAGAACAAAAUUGACUGACUAUAAAAUCAGAGAGGUUGGCGACCGUGUUUUCUACCAUACUUGUGCAAUCACAUUCACUUCACUACAGUGUUUGUCUUUGACACACAACUAUCUGAAUAAUGUACUAUGGUAGAAGCACUAAUCUUACACACUGGAUGACCCCUUGCAGAAUGAUAUGUAAAAUACUGUAUCAAUAGCAUUGAAAGUCAGCACACCUCUGGCAGGGAAAUGACGAGGUUCUUCCAUCAGAAUCUCCUGAGGCUCUACAUUCAGCGCAGAAAUAACUGCCUGAACUUAUUAGUUACUUGAAUUUGAGAAAUGUAACGGCAGAAUGUCAACGAGCACAAACUCAUGCUCCAAACAUGACCUUAAGUCUCCUGUUAAAACUUGAUUGCAUCAUCUGUGAUGGUUAAAUGCUUUAGGCCUCCUUCAGCGUUGUUUUUCUAGUUCACCUUGUAUCAGCUACUUCCCAGUAUGUUUUUCAUGUGGAACGUGCACCUGCCUAGACAUUUGGGUUACUGUAGCUUUCCUCUUUCUGUAUCUGCCUGUGUAGGUCAUAAAAGAGGACGAACGGGAACCCAAAAGUGGAAAUUAAUCUUAACCGGGUGGUUUGGUGUUGAGCUGAUCUGGUCUCUCUUUCUGAAUGAGGGCGGACAUACGUUGCAUGCCACCAGUGUGUGGUCAUUUGGCUGCAGUACUUUAAUGCAUAUCAGAUCUAUAGAUGCUGUAGUUGCCUUAAUUGUUUUGAUUUUCCCUUAGGUACCAAAGAAAAGUUUUGUUUUGUUUUUUUAAUGCACAUCAACAUACUCUAGUCCACAUUUGUGGAUGACAAAAAAAAACAAAUAAAAAUGGGAAAAUA